AUGACUUCCCAAAGAUAUGGUCGCUCUAACCCAUUCUAUUAUGUCGGUUUGCACUUUAGUACUUCUAAGUGGAUAGACAAUAAUGUUUCGCUGGAUUUCUACUUUUACGAGUAUCUAUCAAAUGUGUACAAACGUGGUUUCAUAGAGAUGCACUUCAAAUUGUGCAAUCUGAUCCAUAAAGACAAAUUCUUUGGAGCUGCUAUGAAGCAAGGAAAAUUUUCACAGCCGUGUCCAUAUCCACCGGGAGAAUAUCAUUUAUACAACAUGACCAUCAACCAUCUGUCCAUUCCACGCAGUUUUCCAUUCAAUGAAGGACGUAUUUAUUGUAAUAUCUCAUAUUUUAAGAGGUUGGUUGCAGCUGGGUACAUUGACAUGGAACUGAAGGAAGUCCGUGAGGGCCAGAGACUGACUGGCGUGCGGCAGUUACGGCAGCAACAGGCGGUCGCAGGGGCGGAGCGUGGUACCCGCGCGCGUGCGCCGUCCAACUCGGUUACUAUGACAACGCCUCCUCUAGAUGUUUGUGAUUACGUACUGGAAGGAAACUUUGCCGUGAUUGACGCGUGA